AAACUGAAAAUUCCAAACAGUCUGUUCAGCGCUCAACUGUGGCCACAAGUCACUCUGGAGAUCUUGACUGCAUACUGAGGACGUGUUGAGAUAUUUGACUGAGUUACUCCCAUCAUCAAUAUUAGGAUGGAUGAGAUGAACAUAAACACUACAGCAUUCAAUUACCAUUUCCAAACCGGUUUCGAUUACACUGAUGAGGAUGAUGAGGAUGAUGAGGAUGUCUAUGACUAUUUCAAUUUCUACAAAGGCGACGACAACGGCUCAUCAUUAGACGAUAAUCUUAGUUUUGACUUGGCUUUUUGGAUCGGCAUUUUCAAAUUCUUACAUGUGCUAAAUCGGAUCACCAUUGGCAUUGGAUUUGUUUUAAUUCUUAUCGUGAUGAUUGCAGUUUUUUUACAGGUGAGAAAGGGUCAGGAUGCUCCAGUCUAUGUCAUCAACCUCCUCGUCUCUGAUAUCUUUCAGCUCUGCUGCAGGAUUCCACUAGAUUUUACUAGACUCAAUGAUGUUGAUUCCACAUACAUAAUUAUUAUAGAUCUUGGUGUAAUAGUCAGUGUUGGAUUCAUGGUGUGUAUCUCCUUUGAAAGGUAUCUGGUCAUUGCCAAGCCUCUGUGGUACAGAUUCAGCAGAAAGAACAAGAGAUAUGUGGUGGUCUGCAUUGUGGUCUGGAUACUUCCAAUUUUGUUUCCAGUAUUAGGCGGUGGAUAAAGGAGUAU